GCUAUUUGGGCGAUCCGGCGUGUGGGGAACGGCGUGACGAGCAGGAGCGCUGGUAAGAUAGAGAGAGACAGGCGGGCAUCACGGGACCCUCCCCCCAACAGCCACCAAGAACGUCUAAGCUCGUCACGAGCUUCUUCUCCCUGGUUCACCCGACGCGGACCUUGGUCCCUUUCCCUUUGCUCUUCCUGUCCCUUACCACCAGAACACAGACUCACCCACACCCGCUCGUCGAUUCGCUGCGCGACGACGACGACGACGACGACGACCUCGACGAUGGCAACGGCAACGACACGGUCACAGCCCCUGCCUCCCGCCGGACCGGCGGGAGGCCCCAAACAGAAACAGCCGUAUCCCUUUUGGCUCGGCGGAGCGGCGGCAUGCUGUGCGGCGACGAUUACGCACCCGCUCGACUUGACAAAGUACCGGCUGCAGACGGCGACCAAGAAGCAGGGCAUGCUCAAGACGGUCGUCCUCAGUGUCCGAGAGGACGGGCCCCGGAGCAUCUUCCACGGCCUCACUGCCACCUGGCUCCGGCAGGCCAGCUAUUCUAUCACGAGAUUCGCCGCGUACGAGAAGGCAAAGGAGCAGUUCAUCAUCCCUGGCCAGAAGCCGGUGCCAACGUCCAGCGAGCUUGCCAUCUGUGCUGCCGGUGCCGGUGCUGUUGCAGGAUUCACGGGUGUGCCCGCCGAGGUGGUGCUGGUGCGCAUGUGCAGCGAUCUGAACCGGCCGAAGGAGCAGCGGUACAACUACCGAAACGCCGUGCAGGCGCUCUUCAAGAUCACCGCAGACGAGGGCUUCCCGGCCCUCUUCCGCGGCAUGGUGCCCAACAUCACCCGCAGCGUCUUCCUCAAUGUUGCACAAAUGGCCGGCUACGACGCAUUCAAGGAAAUCAUCAAGAAGCUCAACGUGAUCCCCGACGGCCCCUGGCUGCACUUUUCCGCCUCGUUCUGCGCCGGCACGUUUGCCACGACGAUUGUCACGCCUGUCGAUGUCGUCAAGAGCCGGAUCCAGAAUGCAAAGGGCGAAGAGGCCAAGCGCGGCAUCAUGGGCACCAUUCGCGAGAGCGCACGGCGCGACGGCAUGUCUGUCUUUAUGCGCGGUUGGCUCCCUGCCUGGCUCCGUCUGCAGCCCCAGACGACGCUCCUCUUCCUCUUCUUUGAGCAAUUCAAGACUAUCAUCGACAAGCAGCGAGAGGAGAAGGCCGCCAAGGCCGCUGCAGCCUAGCAGCCUUGCUUGCAAGGGAGCAGCUAGACCUGCACGGCGCUGUUGCUGCUGCUGCUCCCAGUCUCGGGCGCGUGAAAAGGAAAGAGCCGAAAGGCUGGUCGUGGAGAUGAGCAAUGAUGGGAAUCAAUUACAUUACAUUGUAUGCACUCUUUUGGC